AUGAACUGCUUUAGGGUAACUUCACUUAUUUGCCUUAAUAUUGUUUUGUUCAGUUUAGGAGAGACUGUCGUAAGUAAUGUCAAGCCUUCUUCAGCUAAGGGAACAAGGACUGUUGGAGAUGUCGAAAGUCCACUCAAGGCAGAAGAGAAAAAUAAACCUGCAGCUAUUUCAAAACAAAAAGAACAAUGCUUUGUACCAUGUGAUGAUGUUCAAGCUAAAACUUUACGAGGGGAAAAACAUUACAUGUGCAGAAACUUGCAGAACUCUCUCGCUGAAUAUGCAAGAAAUACAAAAAAGCUCAUAAGAGACAUGAUGCACGAUCAACAGUCUUCUUUGGAUUACCUUUCUAACCAGGUAAAUGAGCUCAGGAACAGACUUCUUCUUUUGAGCACUGAAGUUUUGAGAAGGCAUUUGGAUCCACUUUCUUACAAAGCAGUUCAGUCUCAUGGGCUGGAUUGCACUGAUAUUAAAGACACCACUGGUUCAGUUUCAAAAACUCCAACUGGUCUGUACAUUAUUCAUCCAGAAGGAUCAAAUUAUCCUUUUGAGGUUCUGUGUGACAUGGAUUUCCAAGGAGGUGGAUGGACUGUGGUUCAGAAGAGAACUGAUGGAAUCAUUCCAUUUCAGAGAACGUGGUCUGAAUAUCUGGAUGGAUUUGGUGACCUUUCUGGGGAAUUUUGGCUUGGACUGAGGAAGAUUUUUCACAUUGUAAAUCAAAAAGCCACCAGCUUCAGUCUCUAUGUGGAUUUGGAAUCAGAAGAUGACAAGCACGCCUAUGCAUCUUAUGAUGGAUUCUGGAUAGAGGGUGAAGCGUGUUCUUUUAAGAUCCAUUUGGGACAUUAUUCAGGAAAUGCUGGUGAUGCAUUUAGAGGAUACAGAAGAGCAGACAACCAGAAUUCAAUGCCUUUCAGCACAUUUGAUGUUGAUAAUGAUGGAUGCAGGCCAACGUGCACUAUUAAAGAACAGCCUGUAAAGAGCUGCAGUAACUUCAGCGGUAACACUGGAUGGUGGUUCAACCAGUGCGGCCUUGCAAAUCUUAAUGGUGUUCAUCACUACACAGGUAGACUUCUGGAAACUGGGAUUCACUGGGAUACCUGGACACUGAACAAUAAGCCAGUCAAAAUUAAAUCAGUUUCAAUGAAAAUUCGGAGAACCUAUAAUCCAUAUUUCCAUUAA